AUGCUUUAUAACGCAGUUAUUGUCAAUGAUUCGAAGUUCAACGUUAAGAUGGAAGCAAUUACUCGUGGAAGAGUUUCAAGUGUAGUCGGCCUAGCUGAUAAUGACAACCAAAGAAAUGUUCGACCAAAAAUGCAAGAAGUUCAGGAAUUACCCGUGCCAUCUAUUCCGCCUCAUAAUACUACUACUCAGCUUGAGUACAUAUAUGCUAACUAUUCAAUCCAGGGAAGGAUCCCAUUUCAGAUGCAAGGAACCAUAACUAUCCCAAAUAUUGUGCCUUUUACUCGCCUUGAGUAUCUAAAUGCUCAAUAUCCACCCCAAGAAAUCCCAAGAUAUAAUAUGCAAGAAGCCAUAAUUGCUGUGUCUCAAAAUGCAUCCCAAGACAGGACUAGGGUUGAGCAUAAUUUGUCAACUGGACAACUGACUACGGAGAAUUUUGAAUACAUGAUAACAGAUCAUGGGGUGUAUGAUUCGGAUGACAGUGACGACGAAGAAGAGAGAUUAAACAUAGCAGACAUAAAUAACAUGACUCGUGAGGAAUUGAUGGAGUUGCAAGCUCAGAAAGGAAAUGUAAUGUAUAGGUUGUACUUAAAUACAUCUAAAUUUCCUCCUGAAAAUUUUUUAGUUGACAAAGAUGAAAAUUCAUAUAAGGUUGAUGAGAAAGUGAGCACUUUGACCUGCAAACAUAUUUUUCAUCUUGAAAGUAUCAAAUCGUGGUUGUUCAAGAAGAACUCGUGUCCUAUCUGCAAAGUUACAUUCUCAACCCCAUAA